GCAGGCUUCAGUUGCAGCAAAUCUGCUAUCAGCCUUGCCACAACAUGUGCUGGAUAUGUUGGCUCAGACCUUACACGUUCCUUCAUCCAGAAGCGCUGCACAACAGACUGAGCCACCUGCUGAACAGGCUUUGUCUCGGCCGGCAACCGGAACAUCUAGUCGACCAUUCCAGCAGACUCAUGUCUCGUAUUCCACCUCGCUACAGGCCUCUGCAAUGCCAGAGUCUGACUCUGUUGUACCGAGUGCAAUACCCCCACCAGAUAGCGGGCAUAGCUUGCCAUCGUCUGUAUCAACUCCAUCUCCCCAGACAUUCAUGACAGAAACCUCGUUUGGGCACGAGCAUAUGUUCAGUGGGCACCCUGUUAUCGCAACACUGCAGCCCGCUGAAGCAUUUGAUAUCCCUUAUACAACAGGAGAGAAUCUGUUGAAGAGAAAACAAGACGAUCUGUUUGAUGAUGCACCAAUUGACUCUGUCAGCCGACAGCGACUGUCCAUUAACCGGUCUGCGCUUUCUCAGCGCUCAGCGUCCAUGGAAGAUGAGGUGCCAGGAUCUUCCGAACCGUCGGCGCUGAACAGUUUCCGUUCACAAAGCAGCUCUACUGUCCGUUUCUUUACAGUGAACGACGAUGGUAAGAGUGUUCAGGCAGCUUUUUGGGUCCAGCCGGAGAUCAAAGAACGAACGAAAUUGAUCAGGGCAAUUAACAGACAUGGAGGCCGCAUAUCUCAUUCUAUGUCGGAUUGUCACUAUGUCGUUAUUCGAUCAUCUUUCUCUGACAAGGCGCAAGUUAAGAGCGCCGAGCUUGGUUGGAAGCACGGCCGGACGGUGAUCAAGCCAACAUGGAUAGAAGCAUGUGUCGCAGCCCAUGAUCUUGUCCCGAUCGACGAUUUUGUGAUACUCCCUCCUGUCACACCUACGAAGAGAGCCAAGGCUGCUUCGGCAUCCGUCACACCAAGGAAGACCCCAAGGAGAGUCAGAGCACAAAGGGAGGAUUCGACUACAACCUUGGCUGACCCCCCCCUCACACUGACUGGAUGGAAACAAGAGAUGUCAUCAGGGAUUGAGUUUGACGAUGAUGAAUGA